AUGGAACUUACGCAAGUGGUGUUGCCUCCCGAUCGCGACAACAAAUACCACAUUCGCGUUACCGUGUCUGCAGAUAAGCCACCAGUUCAUACGAUUUGGAUGGAGAAUUUGUUGUCACACGAGCAGCGCGAAUACAGCUUUGUCGAUGUCACGAAGCUGCCUGGCGCGCAGAACGACAUUCGCGUGCCCACUACCACUGUUCUGACAGCGCUGUUCCGAUGUUUGAGCAGUCAGCCUGACGCAGAAGUGGUCGUAGGACCAGAACCUCGAGCUACGGCAGAAUCAAAAACUGCCUUCGAGAAGGGGGAAGUACAACUGCUGACGUCUACUGCAGAGAAGAAUGCUGGGGAAGCAAAUGGUGGUGACAAAUUGACGCUGGUCGUGGCGUAUCCUGCACUGGAUCUCUUUCGAGUCGACCAUAACUUCCCUAUGAAGCUUGUGUCGGAAAGGCAGCGGUUGCAACAUCUUGCACAGGAACUAGAACGUCUGAAAGAGCAGCUUUCGCUCGUCCAGACUGAUCGGGAUAACCUGUGCAAGCAACUCCGGCAGCUAGAAGAGGAGAACGAGCGCACUCUGUCGCAACAGGUGGGAGCGCGACUGAGAACGGAUCGGGAAGCUCAGGACUCACGACUGCAGCAGCGGCAAAGCAGCGAGGACGUGGAGCACCGGGUGACCAAACUUGUCGAAAAGAAAACACAUGCUUUUAUAGAGUCACAGGAGAAGGAGAACCGCCAUCGAGAGCGUGCCAGAAAAUGGGUGUUUGUGCAGUCAAGUUGGAUGUCAGCUUUCCAGCCGUGCCAAGCACUGGUAACUGGCGCUUCUACCGACACGAGGACGUCUCUUCUCCGACCAGAAACAACCACCGCUACCUGUAGGUAUGUCGUUGAGUGGAAGGAAGUCAUUGACAUUGCCGAGCCGCUCUUCCAGACGGCUGACACGUCAGAAAGCGGGUCGACACGGUCCAUUUCCGUUGUCAAAGAUGGACUGUAUCAAGUGAAUGUUAACGUAAGCCACGACAGUUUGGUUCAACUGCGACUCAUGAUAAACCCUGCAAAGUCUGACGAGGGCGCUGCAUUCCAACGUGAAGCUCGCGAGAUCGCGCCAACGAAAGUGUCACUGUACGAGAAUAAGCGGCGCGUCUCGCGUGUGGAUAUGACGCUUGAUCUGCAUGCGUCGGACCAGCUCUCGCUAGAACUCCGGCUUUCAGACUCGGCGGCACUACCAUCGGUACAAGAGGAGUGGCUACGGGCCCCCAUGCCCACGCAUAAUCGGCUAUUGGUCGUAGCACUUUAG